AUGGCCAAAAGCAGAUUUCCUGAUAGACCACCCAAUGGUACAGGCUUUGGUAUUACUCCCAAAAAACAACCAAACCCAUUUAAUAUAACCCAGUCAUAUGAGAAACUAACAAGACCAUUCAAAAUACCAUUAAACCAUGGCACAAGAAACAGAGUCAAUAAAGCUGGUACCAUAAGUACUGUUACGAGAAGCACUAGGAAAGCUGCUUUAGUAGCGCAGGAUAGAGUCUCAAAAGCAUUAGAUUUAAACCAUGUAUUACAAGAAAACGAAGAGAAAGAAGAAGAAUAUACGUCUACAACUGUUAUUAAGCAAAGAUAUGACGCUCUAAGUUCUACUAGAUAUUUAGAGGAUUCAAAAAAUAUUGAAAUUAAAUUGCAUUCCAAAUUUAAUGUACCUAUUAAGAAUUACGUAAGGUCCCAUAAUCUAAAUUUAAGACUAGGUAUGAAACCUAAGUUGAUAGACCUACCUCCACGUCCAUUACAUGAUCCGUACGACGAUUUGGCUAUUGUAUUAUAUGAUCCUACUACAGAUGGUGAUAUGCCUGAUGAAGGUGAUGAUAUCCAGGAAGAACCGAGUUGCUCUACUACCACUACCGAAGAACAAACUAAUAAAGGUGCCACUCCAAGUACAACGACUGACAAAAAACUAGUCAAUAUACAUCCUCCUAAAAUGAAUAAUGGUGUUAAAAAUAAGUCAUUAAAAGAAUUAUUAGGAAGUGAUACUAAUGAUGAGGGAAAACAAAAAGAGAAAAAAAAAUAUGGUAACGUUGCCGUUGUCAUUGAUCCUAAACUGGGCAAGAUUUUAAGACCACACCAAAUCGAAGGUGUCAGGUUUUUAUACAGAUGUGUUACCGGUUUAGUAAUGAAAGAUUUUAUUAAGGAAAAGAGUAACCUGCUAUUAUUACCCUCUACUCCUUCAACACCGUUACCAUCACCGGAUGAAUAUGGUAUUGAGGGCGAGGAAGCAGAAAAAGAAUCACAACAUAUUAAGAAGAAAAAAAAGAAAAAGACUAAAAAAGAAAUUGAAGAAGAAGAAUUAAAUAUUAAAUUUAAAAACCAAUCUUCUCAUGCUAAAAACGCAUAUGGAUGUAUUAUGGCAGAUGGAAUGGGAUUGGGUAAAACUUUACAAUGCUUGGCUUUAUUGUGGACUCUUUUGAGGCAAGGUCCUAAUGGUAAACCUACAAUCAACAAGGCUAUAAUUGUAUGUCCCUCGAGUUUAGUUGGUAAUUGGGCCAAUGAAAUUGUCAAAUGGCUAGGUGCAAAUGUAUUAACUCCCUUGGCAAUUGAUGGUAAAAAACAUUCCACCAAUGGUUUAUCAGUAUCUGAUGCGAUUAGGCAAUGGGCUAAUGCAUGUGGGAGGCAGAUUGUUAAGCCUGUGCUAAUCAUAUCGUAUGAAACUUUAAGAAGAAAUGUAGACUCUCUAAGCAAUUGUCUAGUUGGGUUAAUGUUGGCUGACGAGGGCCAUAGGUUAAAAAAUGAGGACAGUCUAACUUUUACUGCCCUAAACAGUAUUAAUUGCAAUAGAAGAGUCAUUUUAUCAGGUACACCAAUCCAAAACGAUUUGAGUGAGUAUUUUGCACUAUUAAAUUUUUCAAACCCUGGUCUAUUGGGUACAAGAAAUCAAUUUCGUAGAAAUUUUGAAAUACCCAUUAUAAGGGGGAGAGAUGCAGAUGCGGACAAGGAAGAAUGUUUAUUAGGACAAAAGAAACUACAAGAUUUAAGUGAUAUUGUUUCCAAAUUUAUUAUUAGAAGGACAAAUGAUAUUUUAGCCAAGUAUUUGCCAUGCAAAUACGAACACGUUGUUUUUUGCAAAUUAAGUCCGUUCCAAGAAAAAUUGUACAAAUAUUAUAUAAAAUCUAGAGAUUUAUUAAAAUUCUCCGGUGAUCUUGACAAUCUAGAAGAAACAACUAGUACAAACAAUAAAGCAGAUACACCAUUGAAGUGCAUCGGUGUUUUGAAAAAACUAUGCAAUCAUCCUGAUUUAAUUGAUUUUGAAAAAGAUAUGCCAGAGAUUGAUUUGAAUGAUAACUUAUUAAUUCCAGAGGAAUAUGAUCCAUCAUACUUACAUUCCGUUGGGACUGGGCGUCGUGGUGGUGGCAGCGGCGGUAAUAGAGGCAUUCAAACACUUGGUAUAUCUUCGAAAUUUAGUAUUUUGGAAAGAUUUUUAUUUAAAAUUAGAACAGAGUCAAACGAUAAAAUAGUUAUCAUAUCAAAUUAUACUCAAACUUUGGAUUUGAUUGAUAAAAUGUGCCGCAGUAACAGUUAUGGUUCAUUAAGAUUGGAUGGUACUAUGUCGGUUAAUAAAAGACAAAAAUUGGUUGAUAAAUUCAAUGAUCCAAGUAGCAACGAGUUUAUCUUUUUAUUAAGUUCUAAAGCAGGCGGUUGCGGUAUUAACUUAAUUGGUGCUAAUAGAUUAAUUUUGAUGGAUCCAGAUUGGAAUCCAGCUGCAGAUCAACAGGCUCUAGCUCGUGUUUGGAGAGAUGGCCAGAAAAAGGAUUGCUUUAUUUAUAGGUUUAUUUGUACUGGAACAAUAGAAGAAAAGAUAUAUCAACGUCAAUCAAUGAAAAUGAAUCUUUCAUCUUGUGUUGUGGAUGAAAAGGAGGAUGUGGAGAGAUUAUUUAGUUCAGAUAACCUAAGAAAGUUAUUUAUAUAUGAUGGUAAUUGCGAUUGUGAUACCCACAAUACUUUCAAUUGCAAGCGUUGUAAAAAUGGGAAACAAAUUAUCAGAUCCAGUGCUAUGCUAUAUGGAGAUGCUACUACAUGGAAUCAUCUGAAUCACGUUGGCUUACAGAAAACCAAUGAUCACCUACUAAAAAACGAGUUUCAGUUCAAGGAUAUAAGUUAUGUUUUUCAAUAUAUCUCGCAUACUUGA